CAUCUGGAAAAGGAAGUUUUCACCGUUUAGAAUGACAUCUCAGAUCUCGGAAUAAAAUAGAAAUUAAAAUUUACUGAGUUUCUACAUUGUGUUGUGAGCAUAUCAAUUAACUUUCGCGACAGUAGACGAAACACGGAGAAAGAAUUUUGUUUUUCUGUUUGUAAAAAAACUUAAUAAAAAACUGAAGAAUGGCAGAUUGGAUUGGAUACCUUGUGUCUAUAAAAUUAGUUGGAGGCCUAGGUACUUAUAACGGAGAAAUUAUAUCUGUUACCCCUACAACUAUAUCUUUGAUAAGAGCAUUCCAUAAUGGAAUUCCCCAAACAACUAAGGAAGCUGUAGAAAUAAGUUCAAGUGUUAUCGAGUCUUUGAAAUUAAUUGAGAGAAAAAUGCCUUCACCACAGCAGAAUAGCACAGUUGUUGUCAAAAAACCAGUAGCAAAAAAAGCUGGUAAUAGAAGUCAGAACACCUCGGAAUCUAAUAACAGGGUUGGAAAUACUUCUGUCCCAAAUAGAACCAAACAUAUGGAAGAGUAUAAAGUACAACAAAAUGACACUUACUUCAAAAUGAAUAAUAUGAAUAAUAAAAGGGAUAAGAACCCUAAAGGAAAAUAUUCAAAGGGUUGGAGAGAUGAGGAAUGUUUUGGUGCACCAACCACUGAGGAAAUUACUCAAGAUUUUGAUUUUGAGAGUAACUUAGCUUUGUUUGAUAAACAGGCACUCUGGGAACAGCUAAGUAAUAACCAAAAGCCUGACAUAAUCAAACAAGCCGAGUCUAAAAGACCAACUAAUUAUAGGCAUGAUCAAAAUAUUAUCACCUCUGGACCUGUCUCAUACAAUCAAAUCCAAGUUCCUAAAAAUGAAUUUAGCGGAUAUGUUACUGAUGGGGGGCUUGCGGUACCAUGUAUAAGCCCAUCCUUGAGAAGUAAAUUGUUUGAGUGUGCUGAAAAAGUUGGGCUCACAUGGGAUAGGAGAGUAGAACUUAUGGGGAGAGCCGCGACAGAAAUUUCAAUUGCACUUAUGGGUGGAGGUCAUCGAUUGCAACCACAGAAUUCACAUCAGUGGCCAACUGUUGUUGUACUUUGUGGACCCAACAGACCAGGAGCAACAGGCAUCAAUGCUGCCAGACAAUUGUCGAGCCAUGGAGUGCGUACAAUCGUAUACUGGGUACCCACAAUAAAUAAAUUGGUCGAAAAAGAAAUGUCUUUGUUCAAACACACAGGUUCUUCUAUAGUCACAAAGGUCAGAGAUCUCCCAGCUAAUUGUGAUCUCGUUAUAUUGGCACUUUGUGAAGAAUCUGAUAUGAACAAAGCAUAUCCGGACUUGGUUAGUUGGACAAACAGAAACCGUUCACCCAUUUUUGCAAUUGAUCCACCAUCCAAAGGAACUCCAAAUUUCCAUCCCAAAUGUUCAUUAGUGGCAACAUUGCCAUUGUAUUACACUACAGAUAACGGUAAUAUAUAUCUUUGCAAUCUAGGUUUACCAGAAAGUUGCUUUACUGAAGUAGGUAUCAAGUACAAACCUCCAUUUGGUUCAAAGUUUUACAUUCCAAUACAUCCUAAAGAGUUGGACUCACCAUAGCCCGACGGAUCUUUAACUGAAGAUGACUACUUCGAUUGAUUUUUUUCUUGUAGAAAGAUGCUCCAAUUUCCUAAAUUCAUUUAUAUUAAAAGUUUGUUUCUUUUGCAUUGAAGGGCAUUUAGGUUUGACAUAU